CCAUUUCGACGGUCCUGACAGUAACUUGUCCAGACACAGCAGCCAUUCGCAGUAAGACCGAAACCCCAGGAGCCGCGACCCUCGCUCUUCAGCCUUCAUCUGAAAUUCCGCCAUUAAAGAGCACCGAUCGAAGCUCGAUCUCUCCAUUCCAAGGCGAUUCUAUUCUGCUGUUCCCUCUUCAUGGGACCCAUCAAGAACAUUCUAUCUCAACCCCGGAUAGCUCUGGUUUGUCGAUACAGAGAGAGGUGGCAAUCUGUCUGCAGAUCAUUCAGCACUCAGGCUGCAACUACAGCAGGCACUCCACAGCCUCCACCGCCACCCCCACCUCCUGAGAAAACCCACUUUGGAGGCCUCAAAGAUGAAGACCGCAUCUUCACCAACCUCUAUGGCUUGCAUGACCCUUUCCUCAAAGGUGCCAUUAAGCGGGGUGACUGGCAUAGAACCAAAGACAUUGUCCUGAAAGGUGCUGACUGGAUUGUUAAUGAAAUGAAAAAAUCUGGUCUUCGUGGCCGUGGAGGUGCUGGUUUUCCAUCUGGUCUUAAGUGGUCUUUCAUGCCAAAGGUGUCUGAUGGCCGUCCUUCCUAUCUUGUUGUCAAUGCGGAUGAGAGUGAGCCUGGGACGUGUAAAGACAGAGAAAUCAUGCGCCAUGACCCACACAAACUACUUGAGGGGUGCUUAAUUGCUGGAGUAGGCAUGCGGGCUACUGCAGCUUACAUCUACAUAAGGGGUGAGUAUGUAAAUGAGCGGCUAAACCUCGAAAGGGCUAGGAAGGAAGCUUAUAAAGCUGGAUUGUUGGGCAAGAAUGCGUGUGGGUCUGGUUAUGAUUUCGAUGUACAUAUCCACUAUGGUGCUGGUGCUUACAUUUGUGGUGAAGAGACGGCACUGUUGGAGAGUCUAGAAGGGAAACAAGGAAAACCAAGACUGAAGCCUCCUUUUCCAGCAAAUUCAGGCUUGUAUGGUUGCCCGACGACCGUAACUAAUGUGGAAACAGUAGCUGUGUCUCCCACUAUCUUGAGAAGGGGGCCUGAGUGGUUUUCUAGCUUUGGCCGGAAGAAUAACUCUGGGACGAAGCUCUUUUGUGUGUCAGGCCACGUGAACAAGCCUUGCACAGUUGAGGAGGAGAUGAGUAUUCCAUUGAAGGAGUUGAUUGAGCGGCACUGUGGGGGAGUUAGAGGUGGUUGGGAUAAUUUGCUGGCAAUUAUUCCAGGUGGUUCAUCUGUUCCCCUACUGCCAAGGCACAUAUGUGAUGAUGUAUUGAUGGACUAUGAUGCCCUCAAGGCUGUUCAGUCAGGGUUGGGGACUGCAGCGGUCAUCGUGAUGGACAAGUCGACUGAUGUUGUUGAUGCUAUAGCAAGGCUCUCAUACUUCUAUAAGCAUGAGAGCUGUGGGCAGUGCACACCUUGCAGAGAGGGAACGGGGUGGCUGUGGAUGGUCAUGGAGAGGUUGAAGGUUGGAAAUGCAAAGCUGGAAGAGAUAGACAUGCUGCAGGAGAUUACAAAGCAGAUAGAGGGGCACACCAUAUGUGCUUUGGGUGAUGCUGCCGCUUGGCCUGUGCAAGGGCUCAUCAGGCAUUUCAGACCUGAGCUGGAGAGAAGGAUCCGGGAGCGUGCAGAGAGGGAGCUGGUGGGGGCUGCUACUGCUUGAGGCUCUUACACAGGGAAGGUUAUUCUGAAGGCAGUUAUUGUGGAAUAAAAGUGCGAAAGGACUUGGCCUCUCCCGCAAUCUGUAUGUAUUUCUGCAAGCGACUUCUGUCGGAACUAGGGGACCGGUUUUUAGCUUAUGAGCCAAGGAUCUGUAUUUAUCUGUAUUUAUCUGGAUCUCUAUUUAUCUGUUUAUAGUUUCUAGCGAACUGCAUUUCAUUCUGAAUA